GGGAGCGUCCGGCAGAGAAACCCGAAUCAGGAAGCUGUUCCCCAGGAAGAAACUAUUACUUUGGAACCUGAGGACCCCUUUGCAUCAGGCAAGAAGAUGAAAGAACCACCGUUAAAUGGUGAAUGUGAUAAGGCCGUGGCACCACAGCUGGGACGCCUGGAUGAAAUUAAGACAGAACCCGACAAUGCUCAAGAAUAUUCUCAAGCCCAGCAGCCCAGACCUCAGGAGAAUGAACUGAAAAUGAACACCACAUUUUCUCACAGCCUUCCACUUUCUCUGGCAUCGUCCGGCAUGAAUAAAAUGCUUCCUUCAAUUUCAACCACAGCUGUUCGAGUUUCCUGUUCUGGUUGUAAGAAAACUCUCCAGAAGGGGCAGACUGCGUAUCAGAGGAAGGGGUCUACUCAGCUCUUCUGCUCCAUCGACUGCAUCACCGAGUACAUCUCGUCGGCCAACUGCGCGGCUCCCGCCAAGAGGACUUGUUCUAACUGCUCCAAAGACAUUUUACAUCCAAAGGAUAUGCUCAGUGUUCAGCUGGAGGAUAGUGUCCCCAGCAAACAUUUCUGUAACCAGUCCUGUCUUUCAUCCUAUGAAGAAAAAAGAAAACCGUUUGUUACCAUCUGCACAAAUGACAUUUUGAGCAAGUGUAGCAUGUGUCAGAAGACUGUUGUCAUUCAGUAUGAAGUGAAAUAUCAGAACGUGAAAUUCAGCGUGUGUAGUAACACCUGCUUCUCCAAGUUUCACUCUGUGAAUAACUUCAUCAUGAACUGCUGUGAGAACUGUGGCAUUUACUGCUACACCAGCUCUAGCCUGCACCACAUCCAUCACAUGGAAGGGCCGCCUCAGCUCUUGGGCAAUUCGCAGAAUAUUGCAGCCUACAGGCAGAAACCAACCAAAACACUUCCAUCUUUUUCCUGUAAAUCAGUGAAGCCCUCAGAUGAAAUGAUUGAGACCACCAAUGACUUGGGGAAAACAGAGAUUUUCUGCUGUAUGAAUUGUUUCUCUGCGUACAAUAAAAGUAAAAUGGAGUCCUCUGCAGUGAAUGUUUCUGUGAUCCAGGGUUCUUCAGCAGAGCUGCUUUCUCCAAAGACAGACUCAAUUCCAGUUAUAAGUAAUAUAGUGUCACUGGCGGAUACUCCUGCUGCCCUGCCCAUCAUGACUACUGAUGUCCUACAAGGUACAGUUUCUUCCAUAACAGAAAAUGUCGUUGUGGAUAUCUCCAAGAGCUCACCCAGUGAAUCCAGCCAAGACGUUGCUGAUGGUGUGGAGCCGCCAGACGUUUCACUGUCCUCAGCCAUACUUGGUCAGCACACAGGCGAUUCCAGUGUGGGAGUACAGAAUGAGAACGUGCCAGACCAAAGUCCUGCAUGCAGUAUAAAAUCUACAGAAAUCAGUGAUGAACUCCUUCACCCAAAAUGCACACCCAGAAUACCGAAAGUAAAAAUUAAAACACGAAAUCUUAAAAAGCCUUGGUGUCCCAACUUGCAGCGUUUGGAGUACAGUAUUAAAAAAGAUGUAACAUUCUGUUACUCAUGCCAGUUGUUCUACCAGAAGAGCUUCAGCUAUGCGCGAGAGUCAUGUGCCAGCCAAGAAAUUGCCAAUUGGAAAAAAAUUCUGGAAAAAUUCAGAAAGCAUGAAAAAAGUGAGAUGCAUUUGAAGUCACUGCAGUUUUGGAGGGAAUACCAAUUUUGUGAUGAAGCGGUCAGUGAUAAUUUAUCCAUCCAUUCAAAACAGAUUGAAGGAAAUAAAAAAUACCUAAAGCUUAUCAUUGAAAAUAUUUUAUUUCUUGGGAAACAGUGUUUACCCUUGGGAGGAAACGACCAAUCCAUUUCAUCUGUAAAUAAAGGCAAUUUUUUAGAGUUGUUGGAAAUCCGAGCCAAAGAUAAAGGAGAAGAAAUAUUUCGGCUUAUAAAUUCACAAAUUGAUUUCUAUAAUAGUGCACAAAUUCAGAAUGAUAUUAUUGAGAUAAUAAAGACUGAAAUGUUACAGGAUAUUGUGAGUGAGAUCAACGUCUCUUCAGCUUUUUCAAUAAUAUGUGACGAGACAACUGAUAGUACCACUAAAGAGCAGCUGUCUGUCUGUAUCAGAUACCCCCAGAAGACAGCAAAGACUAUUGUGGUUAAAGAAAGAUUCUUGGGUUUUGUUGAUAUUGAAGAGAUGAAUGGACCCAACUUACAUAGGACCAUCAAAACUUACCUGCAGCAUAUCGGAGUUGAUUUGAAUAAAAUAUGUGGCCAGGCCUAUGAUAGUACGAUAAAUUUGAGGGUAAAAUUUAAUAAAAUUGCAGCAGAAUUCAAGAAGGAAGAGCCAAGAGCCUUAUAUAUGCAUUGCUACGCACAUUUUUUGGAUUUAUCAGUAAUUAGGUUUUGUAAAGAAGUGAAAGAACUUCGAAGUGCUCUGAAAACUCUAAAUUCUCUAUUCCGCACUAUGUAUAGGUCUGGGGAAAUGCUGGCAAAUUUUCGAAAUCUUUGUAAGCUGAGUCAGAGCAAAACAUGCAAAAAACACAUAUCACAGUCCUGCUGGGCCGCCCAUGACCGCACGUUGUUGUCUGUGAUGGACGGGCUUCCAGAGAUUAUAGAGACGCUGGAAACGCUGGUGUCCAGCCAUUCUUCAGACAUGAGUGUGAGUGAUGAACUGAGUGAUUUGUUGGCCUCAGUUUCCAAAUUUGAAUUCAUCUUUUGCCUGAAGUUUCUUUAUCGAGUGCUCAGUGUGACAGGAAUUCUUUCCAAAGAACUUCAGAGUGAUACUAUAGACAUUUUUUCUUUGUCCUCAAAACUAGAGGCAAUUUUGGAAUGUUUAUCAUCUGAAAGAGGUGAUGUAUACUUCAAGACCAUCUGGGAUGGAGCGGAGGAGAUAUGUCAGAAAAUAACCUCUCGAGGUUUUGAAGUUGAGAAGCCCUGUCUUCAGAAAAGAAGAAAAAUUCAGAAAACAAUAGAUCUGGACAAUUCAGAUAGUGUGUUCUUUCCUGCUUCAACGGAAGAACAUUAUAAGGUCACGAUUUAUUACCAAGGGUUGGAUACUAUAGUACAAAAUUUAAAAUUAUAUUUCUCAGAAUUUGAUUAUUGCAAGAUGAAACAGAUUUCAGAACUGUUGUUUAAAUGGAAUGAACCAUUAAAUGAGGCAACAGCCAAGCAUGUUCAAGAGUAUUAUAAACUUGAUGCAGACAUUAUCCCAGAACUUAGAUUUUAUCGGCAUUAUGCAAAGCUCAACUUUGUCAUUGAUCACGACUGCAUCAAUUUCGUCAAUCUGGGCUGUUUGUUUAUUCAGCACGGCCUGCACAAUAACAUCCCUGGCCUCUGCAAGCUGGUGUAUAUCGCUCUGUCUUGGCCGAUUACGUCCGCCAAUGCCGAGAACUCGUACUCGACCCUGCCUCAUUUGAAAACCUACUUAUUUCGUACCAUGGGUCAAGAGCGACUUAGUGGCCUGGCACUCAUGGCUGUGGAGCAAGAAUUGGUAAAUAAACUGAUGGAGCCUGAACGACUCAAUGGAAUUGUAGAAAGGUUUAUCAAUCAGAUGAAGGACAUAUAACGCCUGCUCACUUGAGCCCUUGUAAUCCCGCUGAAAUGCUAGCUGAACAAAUAGCCAUUUUCAACAUGAAGCACGUUCACAUGGUUCAAAAUUCAAAAGACGUAGAAUG